UAACUAUUAUUUCAGACGCAGCUCCAACCUUCAAAUAAGCGCGCUAGCUGACUUCAUGAUAUCCCAUCCUAAAGUUGCCACUAGGCACCCAAAAGAGAAUACACCCGCCUGGGUCAAAAUCACCCGCCAUCUCAACAGUAUAGGGCCCGCUCGAAGUAUGAAGGCGUGGCGUCAAACAUGGAAAGACCUCAAAAACCGUGUAUGCUCGAGGGCAUAUUCAAAGGGUUCCAGCAGCAGUUUACAAGGCCGUAAAGAGAGGCAGCUGCGGAAACUCCUCGGGAUGACCUCGCACAGGGACCCGCCGGAAACAGACAGACCCCCAUCUGAAACGGACGGCGAAACUGUAGAAGAAUACAUCACGAGGCCUGAAUCCGAAGUUGCAGUAGCCCCGCGUGCCCCAUCGCCCCGCACCGUCCUAUAUAACCUCGCUGAGAUCCUCGCCCGAAAUAACCCCAUGAACGAGAACAAUAUGGAAACAAAUAAUAAGAAAUCUACACCCGAAACUAGUGUCUCUAAUGAGACGAAUGAUAUUUUGCGGGAAUUGGUGCUAGAAUUGAAACGUAGCAACGAGUUGAAAGUUGAACAAAAUUGUCAUCUGAAGGACAUUUUACACCAUCUAAAGCCCCCAACAUGCGCGCACGCAAGCCAAAACUCGGAUAUUCCGACGCCAAUAGAUGUCAACCAAACAGAUACUAUUGACGUACUGGACGUUCAGAAACAGGAAGAGGAUACUCUAGAUCAUGUUACUGAAGAUCAGUGUAAUGAAGUAGCUAAUGAUGAGGUGCCCGCAGAACGUGCGCCUGUCAUCAGACCAGUAGCAAUAUCUUCGUUAACGUCGAUCGAUACACCUGGACAAUUCAAGCGGGUGCAAGUGCAAUCUAUCGUGAACGCUGAACCUAAGACUAUGGCCAGAAGGAUCAUCAGAUUAAAGGAUGGGAGCGUGUUAUUGAUGCCAAGCAACAUGAAAACUCAAGCGAAGCCUAACCAGGAUAAAAAUGGUGAUCAACUGUACGUGGUGUGUGCACGUAAACGAAGAUGAAACGAGAGUAUGAAUAGUUUUAAAUACACUCAAAACGUAUUGUACGUAUGUUUUAACUCUAUGCUAUCUAUUUAAUGUUAUAGUUGUAACUUAAGGUAA